AGUGUGUGGGACACUGAGCGGGGGGGAAAGUGAGAGGGACAAAGAGGGGGAAGGGAGUCGCUCUGGGCAAGACAAAGGGGAGAAUGUGAAAGGGGGUCACAUGGAUGGGGAGAAAUAUUAGGAGGCACCUGCCCCGUUACUAAGGGAGAAGGAGGUGCAACAAGAGACAAAGAGAAGUCACAGUGCGGGGGGGGGGAGAGAAGCGGCCGUGCCAUGUUCUGUCUGGGGCAAGACAAGUGCCAAGCGGACGGGACUGAUGGACUCACACAAUGAGGCCUGGUCUCACUAAUAAUCUGGUUAUGGACUAUCAAGCUCUUCUGGACUACCAGCCACAUCGGACCCCCAUACAGUGUGAGGGCAGGAUGGUGCCCGGCUUGGCAGAAGCAGCAGCUACAGAGAGACACAAUGUGAUGAGACACAUUGCAGUUUACCAGCAGGAGAGUUUGGCAUUUGGGGGGGUUCCCAGUCUGGAUUACAGGACGAUACAAAGUCCCUUGAACACAAACAUCUCGGGGGUCACAGAUCAGCUCCAGGACCACUGGGUAAUGAGGAUUGAGAAGUUGGGAGAGGAGCUGAUACAGGAGACUUCAGUAGGAACCAGGGAGCAGCAGCCUUUGGACUUCAACCCAGAAGUGAAGAGAAGGAACAGCAGCACUGAAAGUGAUGGGGACCCCCCAAAAUCUUCAUUGUCCUUCUUCCCUGACACCCCCGACCUGCUCUCCAGCAACAGCCAGGGAUCAGAGAGAGGGAAAUCAGCCUGGCGUAAGAUCCGACUGUACCUCCCAGACUCAGGCCUCAGUCCCAGUUCCUCAGCAGAAGACGACUCAGUGUUUGAGGAGCCGGGGAGCCCAGAGCCCAGGGUAUCGGAGGUUAAAGAGUCCCCCGAGGAGGUGGUGGCCCCACAAGGAAAAGGGGAGCAGGAGAGAUGGAGGUUCUCAGCAUCGGAGCUCAUCAGCAAACUACAACUCACCCAGAGGCGCAACAACUUCACUGCCCGACUGGGCAAGUCCCUUUCUACCAAAAUCACCCUGAGAGAGAGGGGGGCGUCCACCAGCCAGGAAGGUAAAAGUGGAGGAAGGGAGCGGAGAUGUAACAGCGCGGGGGUGGCGACUCUACUGCACCCGGGGAUGGAAAGUGACAGCUCUUGGCUCAAGAAUAGGGUGUCAGGGGGUGUCAGUGGUGAGAGACCCCCUACUGAGGAGAAAGUGAAGCAAUACCAGCCCCCCAGUGAGGAGAGACUGAUCCGCUGUAAUGGGGAGAGGGCACAGAAGAGACAGUCCUACUGUGAGAGGAGACAGUCGCGCUUUCUGUUGAACUCCAUUCUCUAUCAGGAAUACAGUGACGUCGCCAUCAACCGGGAGAUCCAGCGGCAGAAGCGGGAGGACACGGCGGGGGACGAGGAGGAGGUAACGGGCAGUCCCAAGAGUAACCUGUCCCCCAGCAGCUCCUUCCGCUCCCAGCGCUCCUCCCGAGGCUCCACCUUCUCCCUGUGGCAGGAUAUCCCAGAUGUGCGGGGGAGUGGCCUUCUCAACACUUUAACCGCCCACGAGCGGAAACUGCAGGAGGCCAAGUUUGAGUUGGUGACCUCGGAAGCCUCGUACGUUCACAGCCUCUCCAUAGCCGUCGAUCAUUUACUCAACUCCCCUGAGCUCAACGAGUGCCUCGGGGCCCAAGAGAAACAGUGGCUCUUCUCCAAGCUCCCCGAGGUGAAGGAGAUCAGUGAAAGGUUCCUGAUGGAUCUGGAGGAGAGGCUGGAGAGGGACAUCUUGCACUUUGAUGUAUGUGACAUUGUCCUGCACCACUGCCCGGAGCUGCGCCGCGUCUACCUGCCCUACGUCACCAACCAGGCGUAUCAGGAACAGACUUACCAGCGGCUCCUGCAGGAGAACUUACGCUUCAGAGGGAUUCUCUCCAAACUGGAGGAGGACCAGGUCUGCCAGCGCCUCCCCCUCACCUCCUUCCUCAUCCUGCCCUUCCAGAGGAUCAUGCGCCUCAAAAUGCUGGUGGAGAACAUACUGAAGCACACGGCUCCCGGCUCCCAGAAUGAGGACACGGCCAGCAAAGCCUUCACUGAGCUAAAGAAGAUCUUCCCUCUGAUCUCCCAGUCCCGCUGGCUGGUGAAACACGGGGAACUGAUGGAACUGGACAUGCAGAUCCCAAACAGCGCCGGCUCCAAAUUCAAGCUCUGCCCCAAACCCGUUUAUCUUCAUCUGUUCAACGACUGCCUCCUGCUCUCCAGAAGGAAAGAGUUGGGUAGAUUUGCAGUCUUUGCUCAUGCCCAGAUGAUGGAUCUGAAGGUGACGGAUCUGAGUUGGAAGCUGCAGGAGGUGCCGGGGGAGGUUUUCCACGUCCAACUGUGCCACGAGCAGAGACCCAAACACCAGAUCCUGCUGAGGGCCCAGAGCGAGAGUGAGAAGCAGCGCUGGAUCUCAGCCAUGAGCCUCUCCUGCGCCCAAUCAGAUCUGGAGAUCCUGACGGACAGUGAAGACAUCCCACAAGUCCAGUGCAUCAAGGGUUACACGGCGCAAGAGCACGAUGAACUGACGCUGGAGAAAGCGGAUAUAUUGCGACUCACAGCCAAGACUAGUGACGGCUGGAUGGAAGUGACUCGUCUCUCUGAUGGAGAAAGGGGGUGGGUCCCAGCGACCCAUGUGGAAGAAAUAACCAAUAAGAAUGCGCGGCUGCGAAACCUGCGAGAGAACAAGCGCAUAAAACAUGCAACAAGCAAACUGGAGAGGGAUCCGCCCUAAAGUCUCCCCGACGCCUCUCUCAUUGCCCCCCUGAUGGUUCCAACUUCUCUUGGACCCGCGUCCUACACAUUUCACUCGGCCAGUGGACUCUGUGUGGCCCCCGGGGGGCUCCUGUGCUCCAACAACUACAGCAAUGGGGCCCCCCAGGGUACAGCCUGGCCCUUAUCACUAAUGACUAGUGCAACUAAUUGUCUCACCCUGAGCUUCUGUGUCAGAGGAACUGCCCCGACCUGGAGUUUAGGAACAAAUAAAUAGGGAAUAAUUACUUUAGGACUUGGGGGUUAGGGCACUUUCUGGUAGCGCUGGGAUGGGGGGGCUCAAUAGACUCGUGUUCUGCAGCAAGAAAAUGACUCAUCUGGUUACCCCAAUAGUACCCCCCAACUCCCAGCACCCCUGUAGAAUGGCAAGUGGAUGAAAUUUCUGCCAGGGGCUACCCCCCAGCACAGGGCUCCAUACGCAACAGCGGAGACUGACACUUUAAUAAUCAACACUCCCAGGUAUGCCGACAGAGGGUAAUGGGAGUUGUAGUGAUUAAGUCAAUCUACCCUAUAGGAUUGAGGGAGUUCCAGAAUGAAGAGAAGCCUCCAUUGUUUUUCUACUGUAGAGCCACAACCACACUGUAAAUAAGUCUCUGUGCGCCCAAAUUAAAUCUCAUUCUCUGCA